CAUCGCUAAAGGACGACGAAAAAGUAGCGUCCAAGGUACAAAUAGUUCCUACUGAGAAAAACGCCGAAUAAAAGUAAAUGUGCCCCUUCAUACGGAGAUAAGUGCUCCGUGUUCAGGUCGUGUUUCACCUCAGAGGAGUCAGCGCUACACAACUAGUUUGUUUGUUUCAGCAGCAUGGCAGAGCCACAGAGAAAAGCAGAGCUGCUGCCCGAAGAUGUUGGUACAGAUGACUGCCUGACAUCGUACAAACACAUCUACAGUCCAGAUUUACUAAAAGAUCAGGUUGCCUUUAUCACAGGUGGUGGAUCUGGAAUUGGACUCCGGAUAGCUGAAAUCUUCAUGAGACACGGCUGUGACACCGUGAUUGCGAGCAGGAACUUGGACAAGCUCAAAGAGGCAGCCAAAAAGCUGUCUGCUGCGUCAGGACGCCGCUGUCUCCCUUUGUGUAUAGAUGUGAGGCAGCCUGAGAGCAUCGCAGCUGCUGUGGACGAGACACUGAAAGAGUUGGGCCGCAUUGACAUCCUCAUUAACAAUGCUGCUGGAAACUUCCUCUGCCCGGCUGCGGCCCUCUCCUUCAAUGCCUUCAAGACAGUAAUGGAGAUAGACACUAUGGGCACAUUCAACACUAGCAAGGUGGUUUAUGAGAAGUGGUUCCAGAAUCACGGUGGCAACAUAGUCAACAUCUCUGCAACACUUGCAUACAGGGGGCAGGCCCUCCAGGUGCAUGCUGGCUCUGCUAAGGCUGCAAAUGAUGCCAUGACUAAGCACCUGGCUGUGGAGUGGGGGCCCAGUGGGGUGAGAGUCAACAGUGUGGCUCCAGGUCCUGUCUCUGGCACAGAGGGUUUCCGCAGACUGGGUGGUCCCAGAGGGGAGGCUGCUGGUGCGUUCCAGUCCAUUCCUUUGCAGCGAGCCGGCAACAAGACAGAAAUGGCCCACUGCGCUCUUUUCUUGGCCAGCCAGGCCUCCACCUAUGUGACUGGAUCCAUCCUGGUGGCGGACGGCGGCGCGUGGCUGACAUCAGCCAACGAUGUCUCCAUGCUGUUGGGUAUAGCCUCCUCUAAAUCCGCUAAACUCUGAACAGGGGCUCUUCUGUCCUCCUCCUGACGCAGGUUAUUGGUCAUCUGAAAAGAAAAGAGACAAGUAGAUGCUGAAAACAAAAGUGAUUUAGGGGCCAUCUGUAGUACUCAUAUGCUACAUGUACAAUAUUUGUGGUGAGUGUAUUGGCAGGUGGCUAGAGGAGUUGAACACUAACAUACUACACUUAAUGUAUUAUAUGUGUUUACAAUCUUAGUAAUAAAUGAUAUUAUGUAACAACUGUGGGAUUUUUAACCCAUAACACUGCUGUGUGUUAUCAUCAUGCAUUUCAUGUACAGUCAUGUUUAUCACAUGUCAUUUUCAGUACCUCAUUUAUUAGUAAAAGUUUUAUAAUUACAAUUAAAAGUGACUGUUGUUUGCAUUA